CUAGGUUUUUGAAAUGACAAACUACUUUUCUUGCCUCUGAAAUUGUGUGGAGCAGGAGUCAUUGUAGAUCUUCAUGUCGUCUGUUUUGAGCCGUGGAGGAUUCUCAGUCCGACAGUGCUUGCGGAUUUCUCCUGUCCGUUCGUUUCUGAACGCCCCAUACCGCCACUUCUCUGCAAGGAGUGUAGUGUCAGUGGUGUACUCAGCCUCAGGCAGUCAAAAGAACCAGCUGCGCUGCCCCAGCUCGGCUCUUCGUGGCGCACACUCGCUCCAUUCCCGACUCUCCAGCACGAUGCUCUCUCAGGACCAAGAAGCACGUCUUCGUCAGACAGUUGACAAGACGUCGUUUGCAGAUCCGACAACUGUUCGCUGCAACCAUGUGCAUUUGAAACUGGAUGUGGACUUCGAUGCGAAGGUACUGCGCGGCCAUGUUGAUCUAACAGUGGAGCGUACUCGAGAAGGUUCCGACCCACUUAAAUUGGACACGCGCGCACUGUCGAUCCACGAAGUCACCGACGCAGCAACGGCGUCUUCAUCAGCUGCCACCGCUCUGCCCUGGGAGCUUGAGAAGCCCGGCGUGCUGGGAACGUCACGACUGCUCGUUACACUGCCGGAGAGCAGUGCAGCGCUGGGAUCAAAGGUGACGGUGCGCAUUAGCUAUACAACAUCCUCGGAAGCCACCGCCCUGCAAUGGUUGGACACCAACCAGACCGCUGACAAGGAAAUGCCGUACCUGUUCACCCAGUGUCAGGCUAUUCAUGCAUCCAGUAUGCUGCCCUGUCAAGACACGCCGUCAGUGAAAUGCCCUUACACCGCGGAGCUGACUGUACCGACGGGCAUGACAUGUCUGAUGAGUGCAACUAAUCCAGGCGGUGAAAGUCAGGAACAAAUUGAUGGUGGCCGUACACGAUUCCACUUCAAACAAACUAUCGCAAUCCCGUCCUAUUUGAUUGCCAUUGCUGCUGGCAAACUCUACGGCAAGAAGAUUGGCGUUCGUUCAAACGUCUGGGCUGAGAAGAGUGUCGUGGAGAAGGCCGCAUUCGAGUUUUCUGAGACUGAGGACUUUAUUCAAGCGGCGGAAAAGAUCGUUGGGCCGUAUCAAUGGGGUCAGUAUGACCUGCUGGUCUUGCCCCCGUCCUUUCCCUACGGCGGUAUGGAGAAUCCAUGUCUGACGUUUGUCACGCCAACGUUGCUGGCUGGAGAUCGAUCUCUUUCCUCGGUUGUUGCCCACGAGAUUAGUCACAGUUGGACGGGAAACCUUGUCACGAACCGUACUUGGGAACAUUUCUGGCUGAACGAAGGCUUCACACGCUAUCUGGAGAAUCGCAUUGUCGGUAGUCUGUACGGAGAGCCACGGCGUCACUUUGCCUUUAUCGAGGGAUGGAAGGCGUUGCAGAACUCUAUUGAUCACUUUGGUGCAAGCAGUCCGCUCACCGCACUCAUUCCACCGCUGGACGGCAUCGACCCCGACGAUGCUUUCUCCAGUGUGCCCUACGAGAAAGGCUCCUCCUUCCUUUUCUACUUGGAGACAUUGGUUGGUGGCCGAGAUGUAUUUGAGCCGUUCCUACGUGCGUAUGUUGAGAAGUUCCAAGGCAUCACGCUGACGUCUGGUGAUUUCCAGGACUUCUUCCUCUCUUUCUUCGCCGACAAGGCAUCUCAAGGUGUGUUUGAUGCUGUCGACUGGGAACGCUGGUUCUUCGCGCCAGGAAUGCCACCUGUCAAGCCAGAGUAUGACACAAGUUUGGUACUGGUUGUUGAACAAUUGUUAGAGAAGAUCGAAAAGUUGAUGUCCAGCAAGGCUGUGCUUACAGAGUCACUCUCGCCGGCGGACAUUGGUGACUUCUCCAGCUGCCAGCUGGUGGAAUUGCUCGAUCGUCUGUUACGACACCCACCGUACACUCAGGAUAUGGUUGCUCAGCUCGACCAGGUCUAUGCCCUGUCAGCGGCGAAGCACAACACCGAAGUGCACUUCCGCUGGCUCAGACUGGGUAUGCGCGCCGGCGUGGAGUCCUGCUUUCACGGCGCUAAGGACUUCGUCACCAAGCAAGGGCGCAUGAAGUUCGUUCGACCACUUUACCGUGAUAUGUUCGGCAAUUCAAGCUGGUUGACAGAGGGGCACGCUCACUUUCAGACACACGCCAUGUUCUACCACCCGAUCGCACGCACCAUGAUCGGCAAGGAUCACCAGUCCGCUGUGGCCAAGGUCUCCGCCACCACGUGAUGAUGUCAUUGAUGUCGGGUGAUGAUGUCAUUGCCAUCACAUGAAGUCAUUGCCGUUGGGUGAUGAUGCCUUUGGCAACCUGAUGAUGUCAUUCACAACCUGAUGGCCUCGUCUUCGUAGGUGGUUGCCUGCCCGUGCAUGAUCUGAGAUCUCCAGUGCUGCGCGAGUGGCAGCGCUGUGACAACUAUCCGGAGCUGGGGUUUUUUUCAUUCUUGUUCAGACGGGUCCAUGCAUGAAUGGCAUCACUGGCCAACACUCAGUUGCACUGCUUUCUGAGAAGAAAGGCCUCUCACGAUACGCUCAAUGUUUCGAUAAACGCCUCCAGUACACAAUAUACCUCUACGCAUGCUUUUCAAUAUUCAAUGUUUUCACACAUCCCCCCCCCCCCCCCUCCAUUCUCCCUGGAUCUACGCCAGCGCAUGAUCUUAGAGAGGAGAUGCAUGACUGUAUUGGUAUUUGGAUAUAAACCAGCCAAUUUGGCUUUUAGAAUCAGCCGGAGAAAGUCUCUUUUUUCUUUUUUCUUUUUUUUUACAAAACUUCCAUACUCAAACACCUUGUGAUAACUAUGAUGAAUAGAGGAGUGUCAUGGUGGU